AGCGGUUUUGGGGGCAAAUAUCUCGUCACACUCCAUUCCAUGUCCCAAAAAAUCAAGAUUGGUAUCCAAGUCCUCCCAUCGAUCCCUCCCUCCAUCCUCUGCCGACCCGGGCUGGCAUCAAUCAACCAGCAAACCCCUGCUGCACUGCAUCGGAGAGAGCGGGCGUCCCCACAAUAUUGAUAUCUUAUGAGAACCGGUCGGCAGACUGAUCAGGUUCACCCCAUCGCCCUGUCACCAAUCGCAUAAUACACCGUAGAACCGAUGACGCUGUGACUGGAAUCGUCGCCAGCCUCGCCCGCCUUCCAGACGCCCCGCCCACCGCCACCAUCAAAAACAGUCGUCAUCGCCAUGCAGCAGCACGAGGACACUGGCCUCCUAUUGUGCGAGGAGGGUUUGGAAUGCGACUGCGAAGACAUCCGCAUGGAUUCAGUGGAAUUUGGGCCGAAGUGCAGCUCCCCUCAAUCGUGGGACGAUAAGGACUGCGAUGCUUGCUGCCACUCUGCAAGCACCUCAAACAGCCAGCAGAGCGAGGGCUCCAGCUUCAUGCUGCCCAAGCGAGUGUUCCGCCAUGACUUUGACGCAAGCAGCUCGCCGGAGGACUGCGCCAUCGUGGAUCCUUGCGCCAUGUCAAACACACCUUCACCCUCAGGCAACUUCAUCUAUCGCCAUGUGCCGGAGGAGUCCCUGAUCGGCUGCAUGGCCACCAUGUACGGCUUCUCCCCCUUCACCAUCUCGGUCGGCACCGCCUACUUUGAGCGCGUGGCCGCGCGCGACCCGACCCUGCUGGCCGCCGCUCGCGCGACCCCCGAGUUUGCAGCAUUUGUGGCGGCAACCCCGGUUGAGCCGACCGCGCAUGCUACCCGCCCCAUCGGAUCCGCCCACGUCCACCUCGGCCCCAAACACUGGCUGACCGCCAUCCACCUGGCCUGCAUAUACAUUGCCGCCAAGAACGUGGAGUUUGUGCCCUACAAGAAGCUGUUGUCAACCAUGCUGUCGCAUGUACACAACCGCGAGGUUCACACUACCGCCGCGGCCGAGCUGGAGCUCGAGGUGCUACAGGCGCUUCAGUGGCGCCUCGGCCCCUUCUUCCGGCCUGCGCAGUCGCUCUGAGCUCUGCCGUAGCCAGGAUAUCACCCUUGGGGGCGGCUUUGCAAACCCCCAAUAUUAUUUGUAGCUAGAGUACUUGUGACCUUACCGGGGCGAGCCGCUCAAUGCAGUUGCCCGCGCGCCAUGAGUCACCGCUGCUGGUGACGGGCUGCGCUGACAUCACUGGCGGCACUACUCUCUCGUUGUACAAUCAGAUUUUGCCUUAUCUUCCUCUUGUCUGCGGUGCGAAUCUAGACGCAACAGGUCUCCUGACUACAGAAUUUAAUUACGGUGCCUCAGAGUAUACAUUUGUUUGACCGAUGGGCGACCCCUGGUGGGAAAACCUAGAGCUGUACCCUUGAAUGACUAGCUAGGCUGACUCCAAAGUUGUCUUGUCCGUGCUGACUGUUAUUCUGCGUCCUUGUGUGAGGAAAGAGCUGUUCUGGGAACUGUUCCGUGACUGAAGCAGCGGAACAAUGCGCUGGGUUUGUAGGCACACAGCUGUGUAAGCCGUCCGGGCUGUCUGGACAGUGUGUGUCUGAGUGGUGACAGCUAACUGGAA